AAUGAUCAAAUAUCCAACAAAAGCGAAGUAUAGUAUAGUUUUAUAGAAUAAACUAGUCUAAGUUUUGGGGGUGACGUGCAGAUUUGCAAUUGCGACAACCAGAAUUUAUCUAAGUUCCUGUUUUGGCGGGAAGGCGUGAUCAGCUGUUCGAAGACAAUUCAUCCGCUGAAUAUUGUGAUAUACAACGUGUUUGUGACAAUGAAAACUCGCAGUUCAGCAAGCAAGGCAGAUGAGAUUCACUUCAUUACUGGAGGUGGAGGCUAUCCUGGGUAUAGUCUUGGCAAGAAGUUGACAGAAGAGGGACAUAGAGUCAAAUUGUUUGACAUUCGGGAACCAGUAUGGGAUUUAUUGACUGGAAUGGAGUUUAUUAAGGGGGACAUCCGUGAUGCGUCUGCUGUACGUUCAGCUGUAGAGGGAGUGGAUGUUGUGUACCACAUGGCAUCGUACGGCAUGUCGGGCAGGGAACAGCUGAACAAGAAGCUCAUCCAGGAAGUAAACAUUGGAGGAACUGAGAAUGUUUUGAAAGCCUGCCAUGACUGCAAUGUGACAAGACUGGUGUAUACCAGCACCUACAACGUCGUCUUCGGUGGGCAGGAGAUCCGGGAUGGAGACGAGAGUCUGCCCUAUCUCACGGAGGACAAGUUCACAGAAUAUUAUUCACUGACGAAGAUGCAUUCUGAGAAGAAGGUUCUUGGCGCCAGUGGAUCCCAGACAGCAGAUGGCAGUGUGUUGUAUACAUGUGCUCUCAGACUGGCUGGUGUAUACGGACCAGGAGAGCAGAGACAUAUACCUCGGAUUGUGUCCUAUCUGGAGCAGGGUCUGGUGGCCGUCACCUACGGUGCCAAGGAUUCCCUGGUGGACUUCCUCCAUGUGGACAAUCUGGUCCAGGCCCACAUGCUGGCCGGCCGUGGACUAUCUGAGAACAAGGGCCACAUAGCUGCCGGCCAAGCUUACUUCAUCUGUGAUGACAAACCAAUCAACAACUUCCAGUUCUUCAGACCCCUGAUCGAGGGUCUAGGGCUACCGGUACCCCACUGUGAACCUUCCACUCACUCCUGUGUUUUAUUUUCUGUUAUGUGUGGUGUGUGUCCUUUGUGGAAAUAUCUUGGCAUGAUGACAGGGUCGCUUCCAGACAUGUCUGUUUUCUGUGUUGCAGCUUUCAUAACAGAAAUUGUCCAUUCUGUCAUUGGUCGUCGCAUCUACAACUUCCAGCCCUUGCUGACUAGGACAGAGGUGUACAAGACAGGAGUGACCCACACGUUCAGCAUCGCGAAGGCACACAGCCAGCUGGGGUACAGCCCCACCGUGCAGAACGACAUGACAGAGGUGGUGCGGUACUACCAGAAGAUGGGGCGUGUCUACCACAAGCCUCGGACAUCAGGGCUGCGAUACAGUAUCGAGAACAUCAUCAUCGGUCUACUCAUUGCGUGUCUAAUUAUGUCUUUAUUACCAACUGUCUUUAAUUAGUUUUACAUGCCAGUAUUAUUUAGUAUAAAAUCCAUAUAUUUUUAACAUUUUUAUCUGUCAAUAAUUUAAUAGAUAAGUACAAAUGUUCCAACAUGGUGUAGAAAUAUUCUCCUUUUGAUACAGACUGGUUUAAAAGAACUUCGGCUUCACUGACAUUUGACCUUGAAACAUGAAGUAUUGUACCUCUCAUUGUCAGUUUAUAUAUACUUAUUAUAACAACAGUUCCAGUAGAAAUGUCUAUGACAAAUGGUAAACCAGAGAAUGGUUUAGUCUCAGAAAUGAUCUUUUUUAAGUGUUUUUUUAACUUUUAUUCUGUAAUACAUAGUUCCCAGAGAAUCUCUGACAAGCUCAGUAUUUUUUUUAAAGGUUUUAACAACUUUUCUGGGGUUCUUAAAGGCACAAGCUAAACCUGACAAGCAUUAUAUAGUGGCAUUUCUAGUUGUUCAUGAAUUGUGUCUUUUUUCUUAUUUUGUAUCUCAAAUUUUUUCAGCUUUUGAAUCACUAACCCUACAGUAAGUUAUGUUCACUGCUUAGAAGUUGACCUUGACAUCACUACCUCAUGCAGUUUUACCAAUUUUUCUAUGUAGAUAUAUAUAGGUCUAUAAGUCUUGGUGUGCUGAGUUGCAUCCUUUAUUGUCAUGCCAGGAUCAGCAGAAUGUUGUGAUACAACCAAAAUACUUUUUAAAGGAGCAAUAAUC